UGACGGGGUGACGCUCGGAGCGUGGGCCGCGACUCUCACGGAUCCGGUUCCGCCCUCCCUCUCGUUGCCGACCCUCCGGGGCUAGCGCCCGAGAUCCCUUUCCCAGAGUGCUCUGCGCCGUGAAGAAGCGGCUCCCGGGGACUGGGGGCAUUUUGUGUUGGCUGGUGCCGGAGUAACAAGAUGGCGGCGUCGGCGGAGUGACAGGGGUCCCUCUGGGCGGGAGCCGGCGGCAGUGGUGGCAGCGGUAUCGCCGCCCUAAACCACCGCGCCCCUUUUCCAGCCCGCGACGUCGCCGUGAAAGCGAGCCAGCGGCGGCCGCCCAAAAACAAGUGGCCCAGCCUUGUAACCGAGGGAACCCACUCACAAACUGCGGCCUGGCGAAAAAAAGCCUGAUUGAGCGGCGGUGAUCAGGUUCCCUUCGGCCGAUUCUGGGCCCUGUAACGCCUUGAAAGAGCCACCGUUUUUCGUUUCCUGCCGCCCCCCUCCGCAGCCUUGUUCCGCGGACGAGCCCCUGAGGCCUCAGUCCUCCCCUCAGAGGUGUCGGGGCUUGGCCCCAGCCUCCAUCUAAAUCUCUCAGGAUGGCGAGCAGCAGCGGCUCCAAGGCCGAAUUCAUUGUCGGAGGAAAAUAUAAACUGGUACGGAAGAUCGGGUCUGGCUCCUUCGGGGACAUUUAUUUGGCGAUCAACAUUACCAACGGCGAGGAAGUGGCAGUGAAGCUAGAAUCUCAGAAGGCCAGGCAUCCCCAGUUGCUGUACGAGAGCAAACUCUAUAAGAUUCUUCAAGGUGGGGUGGGCAUCCCCCACAUACGGUGGUAUGGUCAAGAAAAAGACUACAAUGUGCUAGUCAUGGAUCUUCUUGGACCCAGCCUUGAAGACCUCUUCAAUUUCUGUUCAAGAAGGUUCACAAUGAAAACUGUACUUAUGUUAGCUGACCAGAUGAUCAGUAGAAUUGAAUAUGUGCAUACAAAGAAUUUUAUACACAGAGACAUUAAGCCAGAUAACUUCCUAAUGGGUAUUGGGCGUCACUGUAAUAAGUGUUUAGAAUCUCCAGUGGGGAAGAGGAAAAGAAGCAUGACUGUUAGUACUUCUCAGGACCCAUCUUUCUCAGGAUUAAACCAGUUAUUCCUUAUUGAUUUUGGUUUGGCCAAAAAGUACAGAGACAACAGGACAAGGCAACACAUACCAUACAGAGAAGAUAAAAAUCUGACUGGCACUGCUCGAUACGCUAGCAUCAAUGCACAUCUUGGUAUUGAACAGAGGUGAGUUUGAAAAAUGAAUGUGUUUAUCAAAUCCAUAGCAAAAGUCACUAAAGAAUUUUUGAAAUAUUUUAACUAGUUUCUUAUGAUAUAUAAAGACGUCUCUUGGCUGAGGAUUUGAGGAAACAUGUUAAUCCUUUUACCUGUUGGCUUUAGUUAGUGCUGAGAAGCCAGUUAAAUGAGAGACCUUUUGUUUUCUUUGUUGAAGGUUGUCUCUUGGGGAGAAAAUACUGCAUGAUGGGAAGUUAGCAUACAAGCAGUUUUAUCUUGUUUAUUUUUAUUUUUUUUGCAGCUGAAGACGGUACUUAUUUUCUUAAUGCUGAUCUUGGACUUUUUAUAUUUUAGUAGUAUAAGUUAAAUUUUGGAGAAGAAUAUAUUAUUUAUUUUUACAAGGAAAAUGUUAUUAUCUGAGUCCUGAUGGACCAAGAGGGGGUUGGUGGGCCAUCUCAUGUUCUACCCUUUCACUCCUACAUAAAUUAAUAGGAUCUGGAUUGAGGUAAACAUUGUCAUGAUCUCUUUGCUUUUUCUAGGUCUUCUGUUUUCUUUUUUUUCCUGGUUUUUCAUCUUCAUCUUUUAUCAGUCAGUUUUGCUCCUUAAAACAAGCACAGAAAUGAUAAAUGAUAUGCUUGCUUCCAGGUUAGGGCGCUUCAAGAGAAGAAUUUUUUUUUUUUUUUU